AUGAUUCCUUCGCUUGGUGGGUACGAGAUGAAGAACCCAUUUUGGGCCGACAGCUCGACUGUUCUCUACAACGCCACGGCAAAAAAUAUCUGGCCAACAGUCUUCACUCAAGCGAUGAGCUUGAAUGCGACUGAGGUUGCUGAAUGCCUCAUUAAUCCCUUCGACCUAUCGAAUCUACAAUGCCCGACAGCAGGGUUCUUGGAUGUCUUGAAAUGGUUCGUCGGUUUAACCCAGAGUGGAUCACGCAAUGAACUACUCUUCACGGACCUUUAUAGCAGCGUCCAACGUAAGGUUGCCAUCAAGACCGACCAUGACAGCCAAGGCGUCUCUUUGUACGCUACCGUUCUUACAGAGCUGGCUUCAAGGACACUCGGCAGUUUUUACAGUUACGCAAGGCGCAAAAACGCUGGUGGCACUAGCGAUGUCGCAUACCCCCAAUUACGUAUCGCAGCAGAUACUCCACUCCUCCAACCUAUCAUCUUUGUGAGGUGUAGUAUGUCUGUUUGGCACGGAGACUCGAACCGAGAGAAUAUCUCUUUUCCCAGCGUUGAAGGAGCAUGGGGGCAGGACCCCUUGUAUCCCCAAGUACCCGGUCCCUAUCUAGACGCUGACAACGAGAUCUUCGAUGGACUCCCGGAUGAACACCCCCGGUUCUCGUGGUACAAGGACAAUGACGCCAAUGCAUCGUCAUCACUGCUUGCGUUGGCAAUCGUACCCGCUGUAGCUUUCAACGCUACGGGCGAUUUUUGGUCCUCGGCUAUCGUGGCCUGCUCAGCAGAUGCACGCUGGGCAGCCAGCGAUGCGUAUUAUCAGCCUCUGAACUCGAGUACGGUUUCCAGCAAUGUCUCCGAUAUAAUCCUUGAAACCGACUUGCAACAUGGUCAAUGGAUUCGUCCCGACCACGUGUUCUCGGACAAACCGCUCGAUCUGCAGCCCGACUGGGCUGCCUUCUUCAAUGCAAAUCAAACAGAGAAGUUGGCGAACUCCUCCUCCAACACGACGGGCAUGGCCGCGUUCCUGGAAACAGCCAUUAUGAACGGCAAAAUUGGCGAUAGCAGUGUACCGGAUUUUACGGCGCCCAAUGUCACAGCUGGGAAUAAGAACGGCGGGAUUGAGGAGACCAUAGCCAUGCUAUUAGGCGCCGUGCUUGCGGAUGGCGUAGCGCGAGGUGCAUCUGGUGUUUAUUCUUUUCUCAAGACCGAUACUACUGCCGAAUACGAUGUAGUAACGCUGCUGGAACUCCCUAUUGCGACUGAGAACUCUCUUCGAUGGAACCCUGUUUCCGGUUUCUACUCUGUGCGCGUCAAGCUCGACUCAUACGGGUAUGGGUAUGGGCUCCGAAACACAGCCGGUUGGGUAGCGAUGAUCGUCUUGCUUGUCUUCACACUGACAGUGCUUGUACAUGGAGUAGUUCUAGGCUGUGCGGUUGCCAGGCAACAGUACUAUGGCGGCGAGUGCUGGGAAGAUGUAGCUGAGCUUAUGGCAUUAGCGAUGAAUUCGACGCCGAGCGAGAAACUCAACGGCACGGGCGCAGGUGUGGAACGAUCUGAGACCUGGAGAAAUGUCGUUAAGAUCCGAGAGACAGAUGACCAGCGUUUGGAACUGCGCUUUGUUGAUAGAUAUGAUGAGGAUGGAGGCAGGGUUAUCAUCGGGAAGGCGUACCUAUAG